GUCAAGUUCUGGUCAAAAAAGAUAAAAGAGGAAAGAAAGAAGGAUAACCAGGUCAAGACGAACGACAGACUGGACUCACUGGAGUGAUCAACAAGUUUCUAAAAGUGGACUUUUUAACGAUUGUCAUGAAUGGAAACCCCCACCAACUCGAAGCAAAGAACCAUUGAGCUAGUCCCAAAAGACUCGAUUGCUCAUCAUUCAGAUUCAAUUCACAGACACUGAUACAGCAGUACUCUAGUAAUAGUUGUAGUAGUAGUACCAUAACAUAAAUGUCGGAGCCGCCACCACCACCUUUGCCUCCAAAAGAGUCCCUCAUUAAGCGCUACAGACUCAUUUGGCGUUUGCUCUUGAAUGCCAAUCUUGCUCUUGGAGCUUACAUGUUUGUGAGGGCAAGCAGGAAAGAUUCAGGUAUAGUUAAUAGUAAAGCUUCAGAAAAAAGUGUGGGAGAUGAGAAAGCAGCAGCAAAAGUCCCCUCUGAUCCUAUUACAAAUACAGAUAUCCCAAUUCCUGAGAUAUUGGAUUUCCCUCCACCAUUAAUGGAGCCUGUGAAAGUGCGGCAGCCCAUCCCUGAAGAUCAGCAGCGUGAACUUUUCCAGUGGAUUUUGGAGGAGAAAAGAAAAAUCAAACCAAAGGAUUCUCAAGAGAAGAAACAAAUUGAUGAAGACAAGGCAACUCUCAAACAGUUUAUUCGAGCAAAAUCUGUUCCAGGUCUUUAGUUGAUGCUUGUCUUUGAUCAAAACUCGUUGUAGAGAACAUGUUACAAGGGACAGGCUCUCCCAUUUAGGUGUAAGUGUUGUGAAAUUGAUUUGAACUGAGUUAGAUGACGGCUUUAACAUUGUAUUGAUAGCUAUACAAUUCGGAAAAAGGAUCCUGAUUACAAUCAGUUUUUCCUCCACAAACGGUAAAGCAUUCUUCAUUGAAGGCAACCAAGUCCUGCUGUUGUUGGGUUCGCUAAUUUAGACAACAAAGCUAUAUUGAAGUCA